AUGGCCGCCAAGGGCCCUGAGGAGGAGGAGGGCAGCUGUGAAUACGGCUCUGCCAAAUACCUGGCUCUGUGCGGCCUGGGUGGCAUCGUGAGCUGCGGCCUCACCCACACGGCCGUGGUGCCGCUGGACCUUGUGAAGUGCCGCAUGCAGGCGGAGCCUGGGCGCUACCAGAGCAUCAUUCAGGGUUUCUCCCUCACCAUGAAGGAGGAGGGCCUGCGCGGCCUGGCCAAGGGCUGGGCCCCGACCUGCCUGGGCUACUCCAUGCAAGGGCUUUGCAAGUUUGGCCUCUAUGAAGUCUUUAAACUGCAUUACGCUGAGAUCUUGGGACCAGAGCGAGCCUAUCUGUGGCGGACCAGCCUCUACCUAGCUGCUUCGGCCUCUGCUGAGUUCUUUGCUGACAUUGCUCUCUCACCAAUGGAAGCAGCCAAGGUGCGGAUCCAGACCCAGAUGGGUUAUGCCAACACCCUACGUGCAGCUAUCCCCAAAAUGUAUCAGGAGGAAGGACUGUGGUCCUUCUACAAGGGAGUGGCCCCGCUUUGGAUGCGCCAAAUCCCCUAUACCAUGAUGAAGUUUGCCUGCUUUGAGCGUACGUUGGAGGCCCUUUAUGUGUAUGUGGUGCCCAAGCCACGCAGCGAGUGCACCAAAUUAGAGCAGCUGGGCAUCACCUUUGUAGCAGGCUAUAUUGCUGGUGUUUUCUGUGCUAUAGUCUCCCACCCAGCUGACUCUGUGGUAUCUGUACUCAAUAAGGAGAAGGGCAGCAGCGCGAUAGAUAUUCUCAAGAGGCUUGGCUUCAGCGGCCUGUGGAAAGGCCUCUUUGCUCGCAUCCUCAUGAUUGGGACCCUCACAGCCCUGCAGUGGUUCAUCUAUGACUCCAUCAAGGUCUAUUUUAGGCUCCCUCGGCCACCACCACCAGAGAUGCCUUUAUCCCUGAAAGAGCGUUUGCUUUCCAAGUAG